AUGACGGUAUUGUUGCUUUGUUUGCUACUUUUUCUUCCGUACUCUCCGGGUUAUGAAAUCGGCGCAGAGCAGGAAACCAAACUACGAGGCAGUGUUUGUGCUUAUGGUGAUAUGAAUCGUGAUUUGUACACAGACUUACUUAUUUAUGAGAACACCAAGUUAAAACUUUACACUCAGACUGAAGAAGGUGGGUUUGAAAAGACAUCUAUGACUUUAGAAGUAGGCAGAGAUGUUGUGUCGUGUGCAGUUGGUGAUUUUAACGGUGAUGCACUGCCUGAUGUAUUGGUGAUACAAAAAUCUAAGAAUUUAACAUAUAAGGCAAUAGUUUUUACCUGUACUGACAUAACGACGAGCGGUUGCAGUCCUUAUAAAUUUGAAGAGACGUUUUCGGACCAGCUUGCUAUUGUAGAUGUUGAUGGGGAUGGCAAGAGUGAUCUACUAGGUUUUCUUCAAGACGGCAGUUUCUUCUGCCGUCUUGGCACUUCACAGAACGGAGGGGAGCCACCCAAAUUUCUGAGAGGAUUUCCCAUAUCCUUUGUAGAUGUAACAGGAGAUUUGAGUUCAGAAAUCAUAUUUGCGAAACUAAAUGAAAGCACAUUUACAUUAGAUGUUUGGAGUCGAACUGUUUCGAACACACUUUGGAAGCGUAACUCUAAUGCUGUCAAAAAGCUUGAUAUUGAGAAAGGCAGAUUUGUUGGGGUUCCACUUUUUGCUGACUUUGAUGCCGAUGGUUAUACAGAUAUUGCUGUCCCGAUCUGUACUGAUAGGAUCUGCUCAAAAGUUGAUAGUAUACAAAUGUGGGUUAAUCAUAACUGGCGCCUCUGUACAAUUUCUACUCUUCAAGGGUCUAAUAUUAUUUCGUCUAACCAGCCAGUAAGUGUUGUUUUCCGAGUCGGAGAUUUUACUUUGGAUGGUUAUCCAGAUUUAUUGGUUCUUGUAAACAAAACGCAGCAAAGUCCCAUGAUACUGGAAAACACAGAAUGCACCGAAUGUAUCAAUAACGAAGGCAGAGCAUUUACCCUGCGCACCAGUCCUCGCUUAAUACAACCAGCUGAGGUUUCGCUUGGUAUAAUACAGAUGGCUUCGUUCUUUGACUUAAAAGAAGAUGGCACUCUUGAUGUUUUAUUGGAAUACGUAGCUGCUGAGGACAAAGAAAAGAAAAAUAAACCAACAACUAUCGAUUUCAUCAGGUAUUCAGAUGGUGGAGAUACAACUUUCCUGAAAGUAGAAGUUUUCUCCAGCAGUUGUCCCCCGGGCUGCGGCAGCGAAAAAAUUAAAAUAGGAAGUGGGAUUGCCUGGCAUGGGGCUUGUGUUUCUUAUAAUAUGACAGUUUCACGAAGGCAUGAGCAGAGAGGAACACAGUGUCAAAUGCCUCAAACAACUCACAGAACUUUCUAUGCGCCUUUUGCCUUAUUUGGUUUAGGACGUUCUCCAAAUUUCGUUGAUUACGUUCAUGUUGGUUCUCCUCGUUCGGCCGUCAAAGUCGACAAUCAGCGCUAUAGUCUUAAACAGCUAGUGCCAAACUCACGAGUUAUUGUAGUUCCACCACAGGGUGAUGGCAUCUAUUGGCAAAGUCGACUUUACGUCACACCCAGCGCCCUGAUUAUCCAGAGUCUCAUUGUUUUAAUAUCGGUUUGUUCAAUAUUGCUCAUGAUUAUUGCCAUACUACACAUCCGGGAACGGCGUAUAGACAAGCAAGAACGGCAAGCGCAGUCGCAUCGUUUUCAUUUUGAUGCAAUGUAA